GGCGAGGAGGGCGGGCGGGGCUGUACUCGGCCCCUCGUCCCGUUCCCAUGGCCGCCCCCCGCUCCCCGCGCUGUCCCCUCUCCCCCGGGCCGCGCCCCGGGGCCCCGCAUUGACGGCCCAUGGCGCCGCCCGCCGCCCGCCUCGCCUUGCUCUCCGCCGCCGCGCUCACGCUGGCGGCCCGGCCUGCGCCCAGCCCCGGCCUCGGCCCGGGACACGAGUGUUUCACAGCCAAUGGUGCAGAUUAUAGGGGAACACAGAACUGGACUGCUCUGCAAGGCGGGAAGCCAUGUCUGUUCUGGAAUGAGACUUUCCAGCAUCCAUACAACACUCUGAAAUAUCCCAAUGGGGAGGGCGGCCUGGGUGAGCAUAACUAUUGCAGGAACCCGGAUGGAGAUGUGAGCCCCUGGUGCUAUGUGGCAGAGCAUGAGGAUGGUGUCUAUUGGAAGUACUGCGAGAUUCCUGCUUGCCAGAUGCCUGGAAAUCUUGGCUGCUACAAGGACCAUGGAAACCCACCUCCUCUAACUGGUGCCAGCAAAACAUCCAACAAACUGACCAUACAAACCUGCAUCAGCUUUUGUCGGAGUCAGAGGUUUAAGUUCGCUGGAAUGGAGUCGGGCUAUGCGUGCUUUUGCGGGAACAAUGCUGACUACUGGAAGCAUGGGGAGGCCACCAGCACCGAGUGCAACAGUGUCUGCUUCGGGGAUCACACCCAGCCAUGUGGUGGAGAUGGCAGGAUCAUCCUCUUUGACACUCUUGUUGGCGCCUGCGGUGGGAACUACUCAGCCAUGACUUCAGUGGUCUACUCCCCUGACUUUCCUGACACAUACGCCAUGGGGCGGGUCUGCUACUGGACCAUUCGGGUGCCCGGAGCCUCCCACAUCCACUUCAACUUCACCUUAUUUGACAUCAGGGACUCAGCGGACAUGGUGGAGCUGCUAGACGGCUACACCCACCGAGUCCUGGUCCGGUUCAAUGGGAGGAACCGCCCACCUCUGUCCUUUAAGGUCUCUCUGGAUUUUGUCAUCUUAUAUUUCUUCUCUGAUCGCAUCAAUCAGGCCCAGGGCUUUGCUGUCUUAUACCAAGCCAUCAAGGAAGAGCCGCUGCAGGAGAGGCCCACUGUCAACCAGACCCUGGCUGAGGUGAUCACAGAGCAGGCCAACCUCAGCAUCAGCGCUGCCCACUCCAAGGUCCUUUACGUCCUCACCACCAGCCCCAGCCACCCGCCACAGACCGUCCCAGGAUGGACAGUGUAUGGCCUGGCAACCCUCCUCAUCCUCACAGUCACUGCCAUUGUUGCAAAGAUUCUGCUGCAUGUCACAUUCAAGUCCCAUCGUGUUCCUGAGUCAGGGGACCUCAGGGACAGCCACCAACCGACGACUUCAGCAGAAAUCUGGAGCAUCUUUUAUAAGCCUUCCACUUCCAUUUCCAUCUUUAAGAAAAAGCUCAAGAGUCAGAGUCAACAAGAUGAUUGGAAUCCCCUUGUGAGUGACUAGAACCCCACUGUGCCCAGGACGCUCUGAGCUGAAGGCCACUGGGGUUGAUCCUCCCCUGUGUUCCUCCUGGCACUGAGAAGGAGCCUCAUGCUGCACAAGGGUGGAGCCCAGAGGCCUCCUGCUUCAGCAGCUGCAUUUAGGAGAAAGACUCAAGGCCCCUAGCCCUUUCUGUCUCUGGUCUAGCAGUGGGGUUAUUGGGACAAUGGAGCUGAGACAGGAGAGGUGUCUGUGGCUGGCACUGGGCUCAGGUCAUUCAUGAUGACUGUUGGGUGGUGGGUAGGUUUAGUGUGUGUUUUUCUUGCUUCUUCUCUGCUUUGUCCACAUGCAGAUCAGUUUUACCCUGGUCUUUACAGUUUGGAACAGGACAGACUGGAAGCAUUCUCAGGAUCUCUAGAGGCUGGCCUGCUCGCCUGCAUGUGCUAGCUGGGGCCUUGCUCUCUGGAUGCUGCCCAGCCUGGGUGCACCCAGGUAGAAGGUCCAUGUGCUUCCUGCUAGAGGCUUCUUUCCAAAGCUCAGUGGCCUGCAGAGUGAGCUAGAGGAAGGCAGAUGGAUUCAGGCAGUGGCCCAGGAAGCUUUUGUAACUGCCUGUGAACUGGGUUUAUCUGGCUUGGCCCCAGCAGCUGGUGGUCCUGUGGAACCUGAGCCAGGCUGCCCUCCUGUGUCCGGUCAGCCGACUCUCAGUUCAGAACAGGGAGUAUAAAGACUUCAGUGCCGCCUUUGGGCAGCGUGUACCGGCCAGGCUGUGGGGCCUCUGUGCCCACGUAAAAUCCAUCUUGAAAGCUGGGGACCAGGUAGGAAUGGGGGGAGGGGGGGAAGGAAAGGCUCCCUGCCCCACACCACCUUGCCCUCAGGCAGGAGUGAAUGGAAGUUGGCGUGAAGACUGGGAGGUGUUGGGAACUAGAGACCCUCUAAGGCUAGCCAGAAGAUUGAGCACUUCUACUGCCAUGGCCACGGCAGGGAGCAUUAAGUACCAUCUCUAACUUAGAGGUUCUACCAUCAGAGGGCUUUGUUAACAGCAUCUAGGGAGGGCAGCCCAGGCCCUGCUGCAGCUUGUGCCCCUGGCCCUUUGGACUUCCUCCUUAAGUCAUCCCCCACACCUCCCUUAAGUGCCUAAGCCACUGCCCUUUCUGGGGUCCUGGCUGCUCCCAAGAGGAUGAAAGGUUGUGUGGGGCCAGCUAGGAAGUGCCUUCAGAGAAACAUCGGGAGGUCACAAGAGUCCAGGAGAGGUGACCAUUCACAGAGAAGAGAAGAGACAGUGUGUCUAUAGGUGGCCCACGGCCUGCAGAGGGCAUUGAUCUAGAGGCUGGUCACCCUGGAACAACUGUCCAUGGGACUCUGGGUCUGAGGACAGGCCUGUUAUACAAGGACCACUGAAAAUGGACUGGCACCUGCAUCAUGCCUUCCCAGCUCUCCAUGGCUUUGAGGAGUCUCCUCUGCAGGGCGAGUGUCUGGUGUGUGUCGUUCGUUACAGAAGGCUUGUUCUGUGAGCAGACUCCAUGCAGCCCAGAGAGUAUGGGAUCUGGUCGUGGAAGGGCUCGCUGCCCACAGGCCCAUUGCCCUCCCCUGGGCCUCCCCACCAUCUUAUCUCAGAGCCAGAGAGGUCAAGCCCCAGCAGGGAACUGCAGCUGACCAGCCCUUUCUCAGAGCCCUAGAAAGGCAGGGGUGCCCUGGUGCUUGUCCUGCUGCUGUAGGGUCAGCUCCCCAAACAGGGAAUCCCAAACCCACCUCAAGACAGCAUAGGGGAUGAGGCCAUAAAUUGUCUGGGCCAAAUUCUGUCAAUGCAUGGCCAUGGGCUUUAUUAGGACUUGCCAGCAGCAGCCCACAGAGCCCCUGUGGCUGGUGGACACCUGAGAGAUGGAGCAUGCUGGUGAAGGAGAAGGAGCCAGAGGAGGGUGUAAGUGACUCAGAAGGAGCCCGGGGAAAGCUAGUGCUGGCCGAAGUCUGGCUGGGGGACAGUCACCCAGCCUCUAGUGGCGACUCACGGUGGCCUCCGCCUCCUGCCUGAGCCAGCAGGUGGGUGGCACAGGGAGCCUAUGUACUGCCCAAUUGUCCUGCACUGGGCAAAGCAGAGGAAGAGCAGGAAUAUGCCAUGCCUCCCCCACACCUCUCAGGACAAAGCAGGGGCCAGGUGAUCCCAUUGCUCUUCCCCACCAAUGUGGGCUCUAGCUCCAGACUCCAACCCAGCCGGAAGCCCCAUGACCAGAGCCCUGGCCCAGCCCUGCCCUAAGCCAAAGUCAGCACUCCCAGGAUCCUGCUCUGGGCACUGGCCUGACACCCACAGGCCAUCCCUGGCCCCCCAGGGCCAUACCCACUGAAUCUUUACAAGCACUUAGAAGUGGAUGGCCUCCAGGACCCAGCCUCCCUGCCUGCUGGGGCCAGGCCAGGCCUCCCUCACUCCGUGGUCCUGGCACCUGACACCUGCUUGGGUUUUCCACUCUUGGCUCAGCUUGAUAUUUUGAUGUCUGCUUUUGUUACUACCUUGGGAAUUUUUAAAAAAACCUUUUGAUGUUUUCCUGAUGUCUUUGUUUACCUUCCUCACUGUUCUACCUCCGGGCCAGGUCUCUCAGCUUAGCUGCCCUGGCAGGAGGUGUGUGUGUGUCACCUUGCAGCUGUGUCUGGGCUGCCUCAGGAGGUCAGGGCUCCAGAGUCCAGACUGCAGACCCCAGGGCGGGGCCUACACACUCACCCGGCAGAAGCAGGCAUGGGAGGUAGUCAGGCAAAUGUCCCCUUUGGGACAAGUGUCCUUAGGUCACAAGCUGGAGGUCCCUUCUUUGUCUGUGUGGGAAGCUGCUAUCCCUGGGGUCUGCAUGGCACCAAGACCUUCCCACACCCAAACUGACCUUCCAGCUGGGAUUUCGACUUUGGAUGAAAAGGCUUUAUUUGUAAAUAUGCUCUUAAUAUGCAACUUUGAGAAUAAAAUAGAAACAUCAUGUAUUUUAAAGUAUAAAAUGAAGUGUGACGCACUAUAUACAAUUUAAUAUAUAUUUUUAGCAUCUUGUUAUUUAAGUAAAAGGAAUGUAAUGGUACUUAACUUUUACAAAAGAGAGAAAAAUGUUAUUUUGCCAUCUGGAGAAAAUAAAUAUUCUCAUUGUUGUAGAAACAG